AUGAAUAUCGUUGCUCGGGAGGACGGAGAGGAGACGACGGACGACUCGGAAGACGGGACGGAUGAUGACUAUGACGAUGACAUGCCCAUGCUCAGCCCGCGGGAGGAGGCUCUCGCCGAGGCUGCCAUGGCACGUGUAGCGCGUGCCCAUUCGAGAGGCAAGACGAAUGUGAAGUUGGGCAAGGAGGAGUUGGCUGCCUACCAGAAGAAGCUGGCGAUCAUGGAGUACCAAAGGACGAGGCCACCACGGAGAGAGCGUGUUGCUGUUCCCAUCACUGCACUUGGACCUGCUGCCCGCAGCGCCAAUCGACUGCCAUCUGACGGCAGCACGCCCCCUUCGGCCUCUUCGCCCGAUCCAAACUCGGAAAGAGAACCAGCACAGCCACCAAUGGGCUACUUUCCCCCUUCCUCUUCGCGCUCGCUUCCUCGUUCAGGCUCUAGUGCAUCCAGGACACCUAGCCAGACCAGGGUUGACAGAGACCGGGACUUGUCGCCGUUCACGUAUUCGUACAUUCGCAAGGGCGAUUCCGAGAUUCGAUCAAGCUCUCGGCAGCCCUCUGAUUCUUCCGACCAUCCGAGGGGCCCUCAACGCCGCAGCGAGUCUCAGGAUCCUUUCCAGUACAUGACGGACAAGCAGCCAUCGCCUCUUUCAGGAGCUUCAGCCUCGUCGCGGACACUUCAUCUUGAUCCUUUGUCGGGAGCACCCUAUUAUGGAUCUUCAACGGUUGUUCGCCGACGGACCGGCGGUCACGAAGACAGCGCCAGCGGCAGCGAGGACGCCUUUGACCCUGCGCCUCCUGGGCGGGUCAACAGCUCCGGCACCACCCGUCCUGACUCGAGGGGCGAUGACAAGUUGUCUCCUUCGGCCAAGAAGUCAUCUUCUUCCAGUUCGGCUGUGCCUUCGCGCAAGAAGUCGGUUGCUACACGGACCAGCAUCUUGGGUACUGCUAGAAGGAAAGCGAAAUGA